AUGUCCAAAGAUGUGCUUUCUAUGUUAGGGAAAAGGGCUCAGCCAAAGCCCAAGGUAUCAAAGCCAGCAAAUGACCAACACCUAUCAAAAAAAAGUCAAAACGUACUGUCAACAAGUUUUACUAGUAAUAGUUUUCCCUUCCAAUGGAAGGUGACAGGAACUCAUCUCAUAACAAAUAUACCGAAAACCAAUUUUCUCGAAGAAAAACCAUUGAAAAUAGCUGCAUUUGACUUAGAUGGGACCAUGAUCACCACCAAAUCUGGCAUGAGUUUUGCUCGUGGCGCAGAUGAUUGGCAAUGGUUUGUCUCUACCGUACCCCACAAAUUGAAACUGCUCCACCAAGAAGACUACAAUAUUGCCAUUUUCACCAACCAGGGUGCUGUGGUUGCAGGGAAUGGUCCCAAAAGUAAAUCUUACCACAACUUUUGCACAAAAGUCAACCUGAUCCAGCAGCAAUUGAUAGCACUCGAAAGUCAAAUGAAGAUAAUGGUAUUUGCAUCUCCUAAAAAACCAGCAAAUGCAAAGCUGAUAUCCAGCUCAAACCUUCACGAAACCAUGCGUAAACCUCAAAUCGGAAUGUGGGAGGCAUUCGAAAAGUAUGUCACAUCGCAAGGUGCUACAAUUGAUAAAGACCACAGCUUUUUCGUCGGCGAUGCUGCUGGCCGCAAAGCUGAUUUCCUGGACAGCGACAAGCAAUUCGCCAGUAAUAUUGGCAUAAAGUUCUAUGUACCGGAGGACUUUUGGACGUCCGUCUAA